GUGACGGUAAGUGGUGCCCUACCACCAACUGCCGGCGGUUGUUGACGACACAGUGUUUCGCGUUCGGGCCUUAACUUAAUACGUGUAUGGAUGCUUAGUAGAGACGCAUGAAGGCACAGCUCAGGAAGUGAUAGAAUCAGGUUAUUGUAGCGGCCAGUGACUUUGUGAUCAAUUCUUUGUGAUAGUGAUAAGUGUAUUGUUUCCGUGGCAACUGUUUUGAACAUGGGGUUGCGAUGGCCAAUACUUUGUCUACCAAUUCUCCUGGCUGCAUCAGUGUGUGGAAGCAACAUCCUCAUGAUAACGAUGGGAGGAACCAAGUCACAUAAAAUACCCUUUUGGGAAUUAGCCAGAGGCUUAAUAAGAAGAGGUCACAACAUCACGUUGGUGAGCGCAUUCCCAGCAGACUUCCACAUCAAUGGCUUGGAAGAGAUAGCUCCUGAGGCUCUGGUGUCGUACAUACGAGGAUACAUGGCUCUGGACUUAGUAGGGGCCAGGAUGAGAGGGGAAGAACCUCUACCUUACAAGGAUAUCAUUCGAUUUGGCUACGAGGCCUGCGAUGAAUUCCUCCAAGACUACGAAACAAGAUCUUUUCUUCGUUCCGGAAGGAUUUAUGACCUCAUUAUUCUUGACGGAGCUUAUCCCGAAUGUGCGUUAGGGAUAGUAUACCAACAAAAAGUGCCCUUCAUGUAUAUAAAUACCGUGGGCUUCUACUCAACUCCGGCAAGUAUUUCUGGCAGUCCAGCACCGUUCUCAACCACGCCGUUUUUUGCAAAAUCAUUCACAGAUAAUAUGGGCUUUGUGGAUAGAGCUGUUAAUGCAUUUUGGCACAUCGGAGCAUAUGCUGGGCAUUCUAUCAGUGUGACGAUACUUCAAGGUGUGUUACGAAGACAUUUUGGACAGCAAAUGCCCCACGUGUAUGAAAUGGGCAAGAAUGUGAGCUUCAUACUGCAGAAUGGACACUUUUCUGUUUCAUAUCCAAGACCAUAUUUACCAAAUGUCGCAGAAGUUGCCUGCAUUCAUUGUAAGGAGCCAAAACCAUUGAACUCUGAACUCGAAGAUUGGAUAUUUGGUGCUGGUGAUGCUGGUUUUGUAUACGUAUCCAUGGGAUCCUCAGUCAGGACAGAUAAUAUGCCAUUGUCUGUGCACCAGUUGAUGGUUGAGGCGCUAGGACGUCUUCCACAAAGGGUGCUGUGGAAACAAGAUGAUGUCCAGAAUAUGACAAAUUGGCCGGCCAACGUACGAUCUUACAAGUGGCUACCGCAACAGGAUUUAUUGGGACACCCAAAGAUAAAGGCGUUCGUGACACAUGGUGGUCUACUCAGCAUGUUCGAGACAGUAUACCACGGAGUACCAAUAGUUACCAUACCAGUCUUCUGCGAUCACGACUCCAAUGCAGCCAAAGCACAAGUCGACGGCUACGCAAAAAAACUCGACCUACAAUACUUAACGUCAGAAAAACUGUACGAUGCUAUCAAAGAAGUAAUCGACGAUCCCAAAUACAAGACCCAAGUUGAUAAAAGACAGAUUCUGUUAAGGGAUCAAAAGGAAUCGCCUCUAGAAAGAGCUAUUUAUUGGACAGAAUACGUGAUGAGGCAUAAAGGAGCCUACCAUUUACAAUCGCCGGCGAAAGAUCUGAAUUUCUUCCAAUAUUACAUGCUCGAUGUAUUCCUCGUUGCUGUGGUAACGUUUUUAUUAAUAUCCGCGCUUAUGUCGUACGUGAUAAGGUACAGUUUUAAUAAACUAGUCAAUUAUGUACAAAAUAAAAGGAUGAAUGUACUGAUUAUGGAUAAGUCCAGUGAUUUAUUGGAGCGUUCCAAGAAACUGAUCGAUCAUACCUCGUUACAAAAGAAACAAUUGUGAUUUAUCAAUUAAGACUGUAUUUAUAACAUGUAAUCAACGUGAUCGUAUAAAAUACAAUCAAGUAUUGUUACAACGCAAUGAAAAAUUUUCUGCUGAUGUUUCAAACGUAGGUUUACUUGUCGAUUCAACCUUUUAAAUCGCAAAAAGUUUUCAAGACAUUUAUUUUUUAUUUGCCCACUAUUUUGAGGCUUCAUUAUAUCAUCUAAAAAACUAGCUUAGCUCAGAAGAAGACUAUUCAAAUUGAUUCUCAAGAAAAACACAUUUUAUUUAAUUUCGAAAUCUUAGUAAGCAACAAUUAACAGAAUUGUUUAGUUUAAGCAACUUGGAAACAGGAUGAAUAUAGUAAAAGAGAAGUUUUGGUUCCGGAUUAGCUUUUAAAUUAUGAACUUAACCUAUCAUUAAGGAAUCGUAUGUAUCAACGGAAGUUACCACAAUUUAACAAUGUAUGUGAUAUAUUUUAAGGAGUUAAUAAUAUGUUAAGUUAAUGCCUUGCGUAUUUAUCGCAAAUAAUAGAAAAUUAGAAGACGCCGUGUUGGUAGCCCCCCCCCCCCCCCCAAGAUGGACUGACGAUUUGGUCAAGAUCACCGGUAUACGUUGGACGGGGGCAGCGUAAGACCGAUCGUCAUGGAGAUCUUUGGCGGAGGCCUUUGUCCAGCAGUAGACGUCUUGCGGCUGAUAAUGAUGAUGAAUAUUAAUAUCAUUUAUAAGGAAAAACAAACAAAUAUUGAUAAUAGCUAUUGCCGUUUUGUAUGUAGAUUUAGUAAGAACUCUAGGGAAACAUAAAAAGAUAUAUUGUUAAAAAACGCAAUGCAUAAAUUUUUCUGCUUUUUACAAGCCGUUACUUUGCGUGAGCUACGAAAACUAUUGAUGAUACUAUGUAUAGUAUAUGAGUAGGGUUUGUUUUAUUUCGAUAGCUGAAGCCAAUCGAGAUUGGGCAACGUACAAUAACAUAACAACAAAGACUAUAAUGUGCGCGGAAGCGCUAGUCACCGCCUGAGGUAUGUGAGCGGCAGGGCGGGGGAGGUUGACAACGUUAAGCUAGCUCAGUCUGUCGUCGAAGAUAAUAUAUAUUGUGUGCGUCUUGUCAAUCGCGCCUUCCUCCGUCUCACCCCCCCCCUCCACAUACGCGUGCACUAAAUUAAAAAAACAUUACAAGACAAAGAAAGUGAGACAAGUAACAUGAAGUCAAAUGCUAGAUAUAUUGCCUAGCUACCAAGUAACUAGUUUACUUGACAAAAUAUACUUAUAAAUAUAUAUUUUAUUUAAAAUUUAUUUACUUACACUCACUCAUAAACCAAGGAUGCAUUUUGUUUAUUGUGAACAGCCUAGCGAUACUCUCUAAGAAAAAAACGAUUCACUCAAUUGCAUGAAACGUGCAGUCAUUGACAUAUUGACAGCUGACGGCUGCCGAAAUCCACGACGUUUUAAGCAACUGUUCGCUUUCAAACUUAGCCGGAUUGUAUUUCAUGGCCUGUACUGUAAUUACUACUAUUUCAUCAAACUUAUGUCAAAUGACUGCACGUUUGAUACGAAACUAAAUUUCAAUUUUUACUUAGGGAGUCCAGCCUCUUAUAACGUAGUAUUUACAUCCUCUUUGAUUGUGAAUGUAUUCACAAAAACUUUGCAACAAUUUAUAGUUAACCGCAUUGAAACCAAAUCACUGUUUUUUGAAUUUUUGUUAAAUGUACUUCAUGUAUUUAAAUAUAAAUUUAAAGCAAAAGAUUUAAAAAAAAGAAUAAGUACACCACAGUAUUUAACAUAGCAUACAUACUAUUGUUGUGAAGAUCAUAAUAUAUGAAAUAGAGCGGACAACACGAAUAGAAUCAAAAUUUAAUGGUAAAAAAAUCAGCUGAAAAUUCUGAAGCUCGAAGUGGCGAGGAGUCUGCCAUUUAGCUGAAAUACGUUCUUCUUGUAGACCGCUCUAUGCAGGUACCUUUAUCUCUUUGGGCAUGAUGCCAGUUAUAGAAAAGAUAUAAUAUAUUACUUAGAUCAUUUAUUCGUCUAGAUAGAACAUGACAGCUGUGAAAACGUCAAGUUGAAGUUUACACUUAACCUUUAUUUUGAGCAAUGCUCGCACACUAACACAAAGUGACAUACAAACUGCGGGUGUAAGACGUAGCUUGUCACGCACACUAAAGUAAUAAGCCUGGCCCAUAGACCAAGUAUAGUAACUACACAUCGGUUUGGCGUAGCAAAUAUGAGACAGAUAAUAUCCUAUAUAUAUAGCACAAGUGUUUUUUCACUAUCACUUUUAUAUCGUAAACACAACAUCGCACCAUAUUUAUUUCGAUUCUACUUAAAAUUGUCACUGAUGUUGAACAAAUAGUGGAUAUUUCACACGUUUCACAACAAUAAUAGCUUAUUCUUAUAGACGCAAAUAAAAAUAAACAAAAUAUCUGUGCCGCGCUGUCGAGUUUGUUUAGCACACCGGGUGUGCUGACCUUGAAAAAACUGGCAUGUAUGGCGAAACAAAAAAUCUAAUCACUCUAUCUCAUUUCUUUACAUAAGACUCGCACUCUUUUUCUCGUGUUAGUGAGACGGAAGCUAUCAAUUAGUCUAGUUACUAUACUUGGUUAUGACCUGGCCUGUUUUCAUCGGUUGUCUAGUAGCAAGAGGAUAUAUCUAGACGAAUUAAUUAUCUAAGAUAAAUUAUAUAACUUCAUUCAGAUACUUGGAAAGCCAGUAUGUUGUAUGUAACUAUUUGUAUAUAUAAAAGUACAAUAAAAUUUUUAGUAGAUAUUAUAAUAUUAUAAAUGUAAAUAUUUAAUUUAAGUAAUAAAAGUUGAACAUGAAA